AUGCAAAGCCUUUGGCUUUCUUAUGUCGCUCCUCAUAGCCCUGAACUUCUUCAACUGUCAUCGAAACAAUUAGCCAAAAAGAAGAUUUGUAUCAGGCAUUUCGAACAUCAAUAUCUUGAUGGCUUCACGAGGAAAUACCACGGUUAUCCUACUCUACUGACUGAAGAAGAAAUAGCUUGUGGAGUACCCAGUCAAUCCAUCACUGACUAUUAUGAUCAUACUUACUGUAAAAGAAGGCAAGGUAUGGAAGAAGCAGCUCCUGAAAUAAUUAAAAAGCCAAAAUAUAGUAAAGAAUACAUGCUGGUUAAUUUAGAUAAUUCACAAAAUAGUAAAAGAGAAAAUACUGGAGAGACUUCUGUGUCAGAUGACAUCACCAUGUUGUCAAAGCCAUCAACUUCUCAGCAAAGUUAUUACAUCUCCAUGUCGCCAAAACCAUCAACUUCUCAGCAAAGUUAUGAUGUCCCCAUUUCACCAAAGCCAUCGACAAUUCAACACAGUGAUAAAAACAAAUGUAUUAAGCUUGUAAAAAGUAGACCCCGACUUGUAACCAAUAUUAACAACUUAACUCCAAGAUGUCGAAGGUUGUACUUUAAGUGUAAAGAUAUGAUUAAAAGAAAGAGAUUGUUUACAAGUAAUGAAGAUAACAAACAAAACAUUGCUCAUGCAGAAAUUCUUAGCAAUACCAAAAGUUUUAGAAAAUUAAUAGAAAAGUUAGAUUUCUUCCCAAAACAGUUUAUAGCAUUGCAGCUGAGGUUUGCUGGUAAAGCUUCAAAAGGAAGAAGGAUAGCUAACAAAAUCGAACUACUGAUUUAUUUAUACUGUGGCGUGCUCGCCCGCCUCCAUAGGUCACCCAAGUUCAUAUCGCGCCGGCUCCUGUGCAACGCGGGCGCGAGCCGUCUCAGACCGUAA